AUGGAGGUAUAUAUGGUUGUACGUCGUAAGAAAACAACCAUUCACCUGAGUGCUAAGGAAACGAGUCUCGUUCUCGAGGUGAAGAAAAUGAUUGAAGGAAUUCUCAAAGUAAAGCCCGAAGAUCAAAUGCUUUUAAAGCAUCAGACCGAAAUGGAUGAUGAAAAAUCAUUGAGUUACUAUAAUCUAAAUAGCCAAACAGCAAGGGCUCAUACACCAGCAACACUUGGACUAUGCCUCCGUGAUCCAGUAAUCUUCGCUUCAUUGCAAGGUCUUCAGACCGCGUGCACUUUCAGCAAUGCUAGCGUUUUUCUCAUCUGAUCUUACUGCUUUUGUAGAGUACCAAUGUGCUUGUACUGGUAAUAAAUUUUCAGUCCGUGUGAAGGAGAUAUUUUGGUUUCUCGGUAAAAGUGGAAAAGGUUCUAUUAUGUAGCAUGCAUUAAUCAGCAUUCAUAUAAGAAUAUAUGUAAGAAUAUUUGGUUUAAAUAUAUUAGGAGGUAGUUCAAGAUAUAAUGCACUUCAGGUUAUGACUUAACGAACGUUAAAUCAAGGAUCAUUAUGCAGCCGUUCUGCAUCAACAUAGAAUUUUUUAGAAGUAUGCACCAGGACGUUCACGUUUAACAGCGAGAAAUUCGCUCCAGAUCACUCAAUUGUUGUUUAGUAGUCUACGCCUACAUAUUGAAUGGCUUCAAGUCAUUGGACAGCCC